GGUUUUGGAGCUGGCCUUGAAGUACUGGUCACCGCGCACUGGACGUCCCGUUGACCGCGGAAAAUGGAGCACACCUGUGGCUGCCAUCUUGCCUGCAAAUGUGUGCAUUAGAAUCACCCAGGGAGCCUCCCUUGCCUUCCCCACAUCCCUGAGACUGACUUGACUGUCUGCAGAGGGGCCAGGAACGUGCCUGCUUCUGAGAAAUGUCUACCAACGAGACAGAAGCCACUGCCAGCCCCCAGGUGUCAGCGGAAGAACCGGUACAGCAGCCCAGCGUGGUGGACCGCGUGGCCGGCAUGCCGCUCAUCAGCUCCACCUGCCACAUGGUGUCCGCCGCCUACAUGUCCACCAAGGAGAGCCACCCCCACGUCAAGACUGUGUGCGACGCGGCGGAGAAGGGCGUGAAGACCCUCACGGCGGUCGCUGUCAGCGGGGCGCAGCCCAUCCUGUCCAAACUGGAGCCCCAGCUCACAUCGGCCAGUGAAUACGCCCACAAGGGGCUGGACAAACUGGAGGAGAAUCUGCCCAUCUUGCAGCAGCCACCGGAGAAGGUCCUGGCAGACACCAAGGAGCUCGUGUCGUCCAAAGUGUCGGGAGCCCGAGAAGCUGUGUCCAACACGGUGUCCAGCGCCAAGGACACCAUGGCCUCCCGGGUGACCGAGGCGGUGGAUGUGACCCGGGGUGCUGUGCAGAGUGGCGUGGACAUGACCAAGUCCAUGGUGACCAGUGGCGUCCACUCGGUCAUGGGCUCCCGCGUGGGCCAGAUGGUGCUGAGCGGGGUGGACACGGUGCUGGGCAAAUCGGAGGAGUGGGUGGACAACCACCUGCCCAUGACAGACGCUGAGCUUGCCCGGCUCGCCACGUCCCUGGAGGGCUUCGACAUCGCCUCAGUGGCCCAGCAGCGGCAGGAACAGAGCUACUUCGUGCGUCUGGGCUCCCUGUCAGAGAGGCUGCGCCAGCGUGCCUACGAACACUCUCUGGGCAAACUGCAGAGCACCAAGCAGAGGGCCCAGGAGGCCCUGCUACAGCUCUCGCAGACGCUCAGCCUGAUGGAAACCGUCAAGCAGGGUGUCGACCAGAAGCUAGUGGAGGGUCAGGAGAAACUACACCAGAUGUGGCUCAGCUGGAACCAGAAGCAGCUCCAGGGCCCAGAGGAGGAUGCAGCCAAGCCAGAGCAGGUUGAGUCCCAGACGCUCACCAUGUUCCGUGACAUCGCCCAGCAGCUGCAGACCACCUGCGCCUCGCUGGGCUCCAGCCUCCAGGGGCUGCCCGCCCACGUCAGGGACCAGGCGCUGCAGGCUCGCCGCCAGGUGGAGGACCUCCAAGCCACCUUCUCCGGCAUCCACUCCUUCAAGGACCUGUCCGGCAGCAUCCUGACGCAGAGCCGCGGGCAGGUGGCCAGGGCCCGAGAGGCCCUCGACCACAUGGUGGAGUAUGUGGCCCAGAGCACGCCCAUCACGUGGCUGGUGGGACCCUUCGCCCCCGGAAUCACCGAGAAAGCCCCAGAAGAGAAGAAAUAGGAGAAGCAGGAGGGAGGCUCGUAGGGCUCGGGGCCCCUCACUGGGAACACACGUCUCUAACCCUUCUGGCUCACCUCAGCUGCCACCUCGGGAAACCGAGGUCCUCAAAACCAACCAGUACCUCACCCUGUCUGAGCUUGGAGGAAGCAUGUCCUGGGCAUCACAGUGGUCACUAGGACGAGAUUUCCAGAAAAAAAAAAAAAAUUUUUUUUUCUAGAAGGUUACAGAAAAACUUUUUUUUUUCUUCCUCAAAAACCAGGAAUAUAGCUCUUACAUCCCACUCCUUUUUCUACAUCAAGGCCCCUGGAUAUCAGCCUUGAGCUAAGGGACUUGGACUUCUGUGAAGUGGGCCUCCUGGGGAUGGGGUAGGGGCAGAGCAGCUGAUACUCAUUCUAGAGCUGAAGGGGGUUGAGGCCUUCCUGGCGGGGCUUCAGUGUUGCCUUAAUAAAUCUUACCUGCAGC